GGCCAGUGGAUGCAAAUUGCAGAGCUUGGAGGAGUUAAAAAAGAAAAACACGAGUAUUUACGUGUGCAGAUACUCAAGGUCACAACGUCUGCUGUGGAUUAGGAAAUUUGUACAUUUUACUUAUUCGUGCAGCCUCAGUUCCACACAACGAAAGAUACUCUUGUGUCAACUGCAACUGUAUAAAUAAAUAUUGUGAAUUGUGCGGAUUUGGACUUCAAAGGAUCUAUGGGAUUUGGAUAAUAAUAAUAAUAUUGCGCUAUUGUAAAUGUUCCAUCCACAUUAAAAAAUUGGAACCUACGUUAGUCAGUAAAAAUGUGUCCCCCUGUCCUGGACCCCGGUUGCGCCCGAUGUAUUAAUUGGCGAACACAUUCGCCCACGAAGCCUCGACCCCCCACGACCUCGCGUAAUAAUUCUGCAUCUCAGAAUGGAUAUUCGAACGGGUUUGAGGAAGGGUUGGAGGUGGAGGCGAUUUUGGGUGCCCGAGAUUCUGAUUCGGGCAUCUUUUACCUCAUCAAAUGGAAGGAACGUGAGGACUUGGAGCUUAUGCCUGCCCUUCUCACAUUCUUCCACGUCCCCGCCCUCGUCAUCCACUUCUACGCCGACAGAAUCUCGUGGAUUUCUGCUGACAGUUGAUCUGUGAGUACCAGUGAAUGAUGCUGCGUUUUAAUAAUUGAACAAGGACGCCACCUCAACAUGAUACCUAUUUUGUGUUACUAAUUAAUUAUUUUUAAGGAGGCAUACAUACAGAGAAAAAGUUAAUCAAUUGCUAUAUAAUUACUCUCAUCAAAAAUGAAAUCUCAAAACCCCAAAUGAUAACCUAGUGUUAAUUAAUUAAUUAGGUAGGAAUGGACUGAGGAAAAAGUGAACAUGCAACUAAUCACACAUGGUCUGAUAUUUUGGUACUGAGACAGUUUGUAUUAUACAUUAAUUUACAUUACUCUUAAAUGUUAGACUUAUUUAGCCCAAUUUUUUAAUGCUACUUCCGGUAUUAAGUAGUGUGCUGGUGGAGGAACUAGAUAUUUGUCAAUUUAAUAAUAUGUUACACUGCCAUCCCUUAAGAACUAUGUAAGGCUGACCCUUCCUAGUGGAUAAUAUAGUGAGAAUAUGUAUGAAAUAAAAAGAAACAGAAUGACAAUUACAA